AUGAUUCAAAAGCAAUGUAUCCGUAGUUUAGGGUUAAGUGCGUUAAAGCGGUCCAUAUGUGGGCAGUCGUGGACACAAUGGACUCACUGGCGGCCCAUCAAUACGGGAACCACUCAUCAACGGGUCGUCACUCAAGAGCUGCUCAAAGACGAAGAGUCGGACAAAGACUUGACAAAAGUGACGGAACUGUUCGGUCGCGUCAAUCGGCAGAUAAUUGACGGCAAUUGUGGCCAAAACUUUGCCGUAAUUCAUAUGUUUGGCAAACAAAUGGUCGUUCAUAACAACGAUAUCAUUAGUUUCCGAAACACAAUCCCAGCCAAAGCCGGGGAAGUGAUUAAACUCGAGAAAUGUCUUCUCGUGGGCAACAACUCCUUCACACUUAUCGGUCGACCCGUCCUCUCGAGAGAUUUGGUCCAAAUCGAGGCCACAGUACUCGAGAAGACAAUGACUCACACCUAUUACAACGUGUUUGCCAUCCCUCGCAACCAUAACUUCAGGCGCUGGCGGUUCCAGAGGUACCCCUUGUCUAUGUUAAGGAUCAACCGAAUCGAUAUCUGCCAUCCGCUCAAUCAGACACAACAUGUCGUUAAUUAG